CUCCAAUCACCGCAGUACAGAUCCGGAAUGUCCGGCACGUGAACGUGAAGCAGGAAUCAAGAGAUUGAUGGCAAAACAAAACCUAACGUACGUGGAAGCAAGGGAACUAGUACCAACGAUCCUAUCAAGUAACAAAUACGAACUGUUAGCGAACGCUGACGAAUACCCUACCAUCCCGGAAAGUUUCGCAAAAAUGACAGCUGGAAAUUAUGUGCACAAGCAAAACAGCAACAGAAACAAAACAACACGCAGCAACGGAGUACAGAAUCAGGAAUAUCAAGGUCACAGCCAUACGAUUGUAAAGAGGAAGAAAACAGAGCACAGUACGACCAACAGCAGAAAUAUGGAGGCGAGCUCUUUACACAAUUUGCGGAACCGGAUUGAACAAUCCUUACGCUACCACGAGUGCAGAAAAAUGUCAAUCGACAAAAAAGCGAAAGAAUAUGCACAGGAGGCUGCGUAUCGGAACGUGCAAGGAGAACUCAUGACUUUCUACACGGCACUGCUUCAGAUCCCUGAUGUUACCGAGGAGACGAAAGAAAGAAUCAAAGAAUGUUCAAAAAAAUAUUUACAUUUUGACCAAGUCAUAAAUUGA